UGGCGGCUGCGGGGCGGCGGGCUCGGGCGGACAUGGCGCUGCAGUUCGGCGGGGCGGGCGCGCCAGGCACAGCGGAGGAGCCGGCGUUGGUGGGGGGGAGCUUCGGGGCUGCGGACUCGUUCCCCAAGGACUUCGGCUACGGGGAGGAGGAGGAGGAGGCGGAGCUGGAGGGAGGCCCGGGGCCCGGUGGGCCCGGGGGCGGCGCGGGCGGGCCCGGCGGCGGCGCGGGCGGGGCGGACUCCAAGCCGCGGAUUCUGCUGAUGGGGCUGCGGCGCAGCGGCAAGUCUUCCAUCCAGAAGGUGGUGUUUCACAAAAUGUCUCCCAAUGAGACUCUGUUCUUGGAAAGUACCAACAAAAUCUACAAGGAUGAUAUUUCCAACAGUUCAUUUGUGAACUUCCAAAUAUGGGAUUUUCCUGGACAGAUGGACUUUUUUGAUCCAACAUUUGAUUAUGAGAUGAUCUUCAGAGGAACAGGUGCUCUAAUAUAUGUUAUUGAUGCCCAGGAUGACUACAUGGAAGCUUUAACAAGACUCCACAUUACAGUUUCAAAAGCCUACAAGGUCAACCCAGAAAUGAACUUUGAAGUUUUUAUUCAUAAAGUUGAUGGUUUAUCAGAUGACCAUAAAAUAGAAACUCAGAGGGAUAUUCAUCAGAGGGCUAAUGAUGAUCUUACAGAUGCUGGGCUUGAGAAACUUCACCUUAGCUUUUAUUUGACCAGUAUCUAUGACCAUUCAAUAUUUGAAGCCUUCAGUAAAGUGGUACAGAAGCUCAUUCCACAACUGCCAACCCUGGAAAAUCUACUUAAUAUCUUCAUAUCAAAUUCAGGGAUUGAAAAAGCUUUUCUCUUCGAUGUAGUCAGCAAAAUCUACAUUGCAACAGACAGUUCUCCUGUGGACAUGCAGUCAUAUGAGUUGUGCUGUGACAUGAUUGAUGUAGUGAUAGAUGUUUCCUGUAUAUAUGGGUUAAAAGAAGAUGGCACUGGAAGUGCUUAUGAUAAAGAGUCAAUGGCAAUUAUCAAACUCAAUAACACAACAGUUCUGUACUUAAAGGAAGUAACAAAGUUUCUGGCAUUAGUUUGCAUUCUUAGAGAAGAGAGUUUUGAACGCAAAGGUUUGAUAGACUACAAUUUCCAUUGCUUCCGCAAAGCCAUUCAUGAAGUUUUUGAAGUAGGUGUUGCUUCCCACAGGAUCUGCAACCAUCAAUCAAGCACCUCAAAUAUGAAAGCAGUGACUCACAAUGGCACACCUAGGAAUGCAGUCUAGAGGAAAGCUAAAGACCUUGGAUAGACUUGUCAGCUCUUCACUCCAAAGUUUUGUGGAACGAGAGAGGAGUAGUCUGAAAGCCUGAAGUAUGUUUCAGAGAAGAGUGGUCCUAACUGUGGAACAGCAGAUUGUAACUCACGUUGGGCAACUGAAACUACUGUGAAAAUACUUUGAGGCCAGUGGAGUUAGAGAUGUCAGUUUGAAAUCAGCUGUAUUGCAAAAAAGUAGGUUUUCAGUUUGGAGUCCUCUUUUAACAGUCUGUGUCUGACUGAUGGCCUGGUCAAAACUUACAAACAAUUGAGUUGGGUUGUGUGUGAAACACUGAACAGUCACUUGCUUAACUUUUUAAAUUUUUUAAAAAUUAAUCUGUAGAAUAUCCUCUUUGGCUUAAGUUUACCUCCUGUCAUGCAAAAACAAAAUUGGUGUUAUUAAGGCUUGUGAAACUCAAGCUUUUUGCUUGCUGAGGCUGGUCUCAAAUCAUUCCAUUAAGUAGUUCUUGUUCUUGCUGGUGUGCUCAUAGUUCUCAUGAAUUCUGUGCUUGUUAAGUGGUUGCAAGAUAGAGAGCUCUGUUGUAGUGAUCAUGUGUUUGUUUAGAGAACUGACCUGGAGCUUCAUUUUAAGAGAUAGUGAUACUUUGCUUUCAGACCACACUUCUUGAUAUAUCCCCUUUGAUGGAAGGGAAGGAUUAAAAUCAGAAAUAAACUACCUGCUCUCUUUUGCAAAAACAUGGAUGUCAUAAAUCUGUGUGAUUAAUCCUAUUCAGGGAACAAUUGCAUGGCUAACUAAACUGAGAUGUCUGCCAUCUGUUGGAAUAAAGCAGCCACUUUCAGCUAUUCCCAAGCAAAGAAAUUACAAAGUUACUGACUUUUGAUGGUGGAUGUUUCUCCACUCUCUGACUGAUAAUCAAGACAAUUCCUAGCAAAAUGUCUGAGGGUGUUAUCUGUGCAUGGCAGUUAAGUUCACUGUGCCAUAAUUUACUAAUAGUACUGGACUUUGAGAGUACAUUGAUUCUGUACUAUGACAAACAUCCUCUUGUUUGUCGCUGUGCAAUCUGACUAGAAUAGUGGUUUUUCUGACUUUGUGAAUUCUGCUGACUUUCAUACUAUGGGCAGUUUAUGUGAAUUAUUUAAUUUAUUGGUAUUAUUACUGCAGAUGUCAUUGUGUACACCAGCCUUGCUGUGCAGGAGGCCCAGCCACUGGCCCAUAAAGACCUUGCCUCUUUUUACCUGUCCCUGUGUGUGUAUAGGUGUUGCAAAGCCAUUGGACCAACUAUACAAGUCCCACUACAAAAGUUUCUGCAAGAAAAACUAAUUGAAGUCAUCUCUGCAACUGGUGUAUUUAUGUGGAUAGAAAUAACCAUGGGACUGCUUCUGUGCUUAUAGAAUGAGCUUCCAUUGAUAUAUGUAAAAUUGAAUAUACAUGCAUUAACAUUGGGGUGAAUGCACAUACUGUGUAAAUGGUUUUUUUACAGCAGGAAACUGGAAUUUAAGUGCUCUAGGUCUGUUCUCUUAAAUCUAGGCUGAGCCCCUUUUUGCUAAUGGAACUGCAGAGCUUUUAUUAAGGGAGUGCAGCAGGCUCUUAAGAUUUGGUUUUGUAGUUUGCAAGCACUAUCACAGUUCAAAUUCUGAAGGUAGGAGAAGAAGUAAUUGGCAAAAUAACAGGAAGAAAGAAUCCCCAUUUGUGCAGUGAGUUUUCCAUGUUCUAAGUACAUGCAUAUGUUCUCUUUCUUUUCACCCACUACAGGAUUUUGUGCUAAUAAAAUUUAAAAAAAAGUCAAACUGUAACACUAUUACUUUUGCUUGUCUUUGUGGACAGAAGUCUACAAAGGCCUAUGUGGUUAAACAAACUUUUAAAAGCCAUGUUAUCUAUGGUAUACUGAAAAAAAGUUAAAUACUACAUUCCUAUUUAGUCACCCUUAGCUUUCAUCUUAAUUAAAAGCUGACUCAGAACUAAGCUCUGAAAGUUAAAUUUGUCUCUUGUAAGGUGUAUAGUAUUUCUUUUAUUUGCUGAACUAAAUCAGAUGUUGUUAUACGAAGGGAGUCUUAAUAGCCUGUUGGUGCUGUAGAGAGACAGUUUUUGGCUUCUGAAAUUUUUAUGGUCCCAGGGAGGAGGAAGGAUAGGAAUUAGGGUUUAUUUUCUCCCUUGUGUAGGAACUUGUCUCUCCUUCCUGUGCUGACCUUCUGCAGGGAGAGAUCCUAUUAGAGAAAAGGGAAGGCAGUAUCACAGUAUCUCCAAUAGAAGCACUGAACUUACAGAGGAAACCAGCAACUGGGGCUUCACUUUUCUGCCUUUCCCUCCCCCCCCCCCCCCCCUUUUUCCUCCUCUGAACCUAUAGUGGUGUGGACGUUCUGCGAUCUUUUUUUCCAAACAACUGAGUAUGUGUGCUUUUAAGGAGAAGAAUGGCGCUGACAGGGCAGGGCAUAGGCAAAACGGUAACCCAUCUUUCUGUGGAAGAAUAAAGCAAUCCCUUGCAAGGUACUUUUCAAAGCUUUGCGUUGUUGGGCAUCGGGGCGUUGCUGAUGACUGGCUGAGUUUCCCGUUGGCAAUUACGCCAGCUGUAGCACAGGAGAGGGAUGGAGGGAAAGGCCAAGCCUGGGAAGAGGGACAGAGCAAUCAAAGGCAGCAUCUCUGCUGUUCUGCAGGUCUAAAGCGCCUAUCGUUUGGCUGGGAAUCCCAAAAAAUCCCUCCUCACUGCAUCUCUUGCUCUGUAUCUCACGGACAGCAAUGUCCCCACGGAGCGUGGGGCAGCUCAGGCCGGAGCGGGGCUCAGCUCGGCCUGGGCUCGGACCGGCGAUCCUCGGCCGUCACUCGCGGUGAUGAUCGCCACACGCGGUGAUGAUCGCCACUCGCGGUGAUGAUCGCCACACGCGGUGAUGAUCGCCACUCGCGGUGAUGAUCGCCACUCGCGGUGAUGAUCGCCACUCGCGGUGAUGAUCGCCACUCGCGGUGAUGAUCGCCACUCGCGGUGAUGAUCGCCACUCGCGGUCAUGAUCGCCACUCGCGGUGAUGAUCGCCACUCGCGGUGAUGAUCGCCACUCGCGGUGAUGAUCGCCACUCGCGGUGAAACGCCCACCGGGUGCUGCCCCCGCGGUACCGGAGCUGCGGCGCGGCGGGGCUGGCAGCUACCGGCCGGCCGGGUUCCUCUGUCCGUCCUCAUUUAGGAAAGAUUCCGUGUUCCCUUUGGGAAUAGCGCGCUUGAGUUUUGGGCUUGGAGCAGCCGCUCGCGGUAGACGGCGCUCUGGUAACUCUUUGCAAGAAGACUUUAAAAAAUGCCUUUCCACUGAGUCCUGCUGCGGUGCCUGUGCCCAUCCUCUCCCUUCCUUUCCUUCUCUUACUAUCCCAGCACAGUUUUUUACCCAGACAGUUGUGGAAACGGGUAAAAGGAGAAAUAUAGCCUUUAAAAAAGGAGUUCUAGAGGUGCCUUUUCUGAAUGCUGGCGUUUUUUGAGGCUUACAUUUGGUAAAAAUGUCCUGUGCUGUCGGUAUACACAAGCUGGAAGCUGGGCUUCAAGGGAUGCUAAUUAAGUUUGCUUAUGAUACUAAGUUUGGAGGAAAUGUCAUCUCUUGACGAAUUAGAGGGUGGGGCAAUCACGGGCUGUGUGAAACCCAGCGAAGUGUUGGAUUUUGCAGCUGGGAUGGGUAACCCUGGACAUCCAGACAGGCUGGGGAACGAGAGGCUGAAGAGUGUCACGGAAAGUGGAAGUUGCUGUCUCAUAUUAUAUGGUUAAAUCUGUAAUUCCCUAACAAAAUGUUUUAAAAACCUUUUACCCUAUGACAUAACAAAAUAAAGGGAAUGAUGUUAAUUCCCUGUUUUUAUGUCACUUAGGGGCAAAUAAAAGAGAAGCUAUUGUAGUCUGUCCACAUCUUGCUUGACUUUGAUUUUUUACAAUCAAGUUUUUAUUGUUGUUGUGCCCAUCCCUCUCUCCCACCAUCAAUCUUCCCACCCUCAAAUAUCUUUUAGGCUGCUAACUGAUUAUUCUUUAUCUGAGAUCUGUAAGAGAAAGUCAGAGGAAAUAUGUUGAAAUACCAAGUAAUAUUAAACUGCCUGGUUUAAUAAAAAAAAAAAGUAGUGUGAUUUUUAGCUACUAAAAGUAGUGUGGAUCCAUUUCAUUCUUUUUGGCUUGCAGUGAGUGAAUUGGUUAUUCAGUGCUCUCCUGUGAUCUAAAGAUAGUUUAUUUUUCAUGCCCUCUAGAUGGCUGUCUUGUUCUCUUUGAAAGAAUAUUACACAGUCUGGCAGAGCUGCAAGGCAGAAAGUUUAUCUAAUUAGUCUCAGUUUUUACACAUUUGUGUAUUUGCAAUGUACUUUAAUGUUUAUGAACAAAAAUUAUGAUAUGUGACUUGAAAACCUUCUGUGAACCACUGUCAGCUGGUAUGUCUUCUGUUUCUGGGCAGGAGGUGGAUAAGUGCUAACUUGUUUCAGAGAAUUGAAAGUAUUUCCUAAUAAACUUUCCAUUAUAUCAAAAAAUGCUAAUUUGUUGCACAAGAAAACUUCUGUAAAUAAUAAUAUAAUUGCCAAACAACAGCUUAAUAAAACCACGUCUUGAAUCGCC